CAGCUGGUAACUCUGUCCGGGACAAAUCGUUAUUUCCAAGAACCAGUGAGCUGCGGAAAUUGUUUAUUUUUCCCGUACAUGGAGACAGAUGAUGGUACAUUUUUGCUGAGGAUUGAUCGAUGAAGUGGAUGUCGUUAAAAGGCUGGCAGAAAUAAGUGGGGACAAAAAAAGGAUUCUGUAGUUGAAGAUAAAAUACAUCGCAACUGUUCAUCCAAUUUGACACACUACUUGGACAUCUCAUGGCAGUACCAAUCACACCUUAGGCCCCCUCCCUGCCCCUACCUCUAUUCCACGAAGCACCCCACCCUGAUGUGGGGAGAGCUUGACUAAGUGCCUGUACCGUCUAGGAGCUUGGAGACAAAGCAGCUGCUGACUGGAUGCAAAGGAUAGAUUUUGAGUAAGAGACUGUAUGUUGAAGUCUAGCAGCCAGCCAGCAUGAUUCACUCCAGGACGUAUACCAUCACGGUGCACAUCAACAGUGCCUUCCAAGUUAUGAACGACUUGCGGCGUAGACAUGAACUUUGCGAUAUAGUCCUCUGCGUGGAAGACCAGGAAUUCCACGCUCAUCGCAUUGUUCUUGCGGGCUGCUCUCCAUACCUCCGUGCCAUGUUCACCAACGGCAUGCUGGAAUCGGCGAAAAGUCACGUGGAGAUACGGGGCAUCGACCCCGUUGCCAUGGAAAUCAUCUUGAACUUCAUCUACACGGGUACGAUCGAAAUCGACGUGGAGAAUGUACAGAUUGUGCUCGCCGGUGCCAGUAUGCUGAACAUGGGUAGUCUACGUAAUGUUUGUAGUACUUUCCUACAGUCCCAGCUAGAUGCCACUAACUGCCUUGGAAUCCACUCUUUUGCUGACAUGUACUCUUGUCGAGACCUUGAGAACGCCUCGCGUCGCUUCAUCUACCAGCACUUCCAGGAGGUCGUCGGGACUGAAGAGUUCUUCCUCAUGCCUGAGCAGGAUGUCGUCGACCUCCUGAAAAGCGACCAGCUCCAGGUUGACGGGGAGGAGGAAGUCUACGAGGCGGCCAUUUCGUGGCUGAACUAUGACCUCCGAAACCGCAGCCAUUGCUGCUGCAGUGUCCUGGAGAAUGUUCGGUUUGCGCUUCUCGGGAAGGACUACCUCCUGGAGAAUGUCUACAGAUCGGAACUGAUAAAUCGCUGUUCUAAGUGCCAGGAUCAGGUGGCCAAUGCCUUGAGGAUUAGGAACGACAACCAGGCGUUGGCGUUGAUUGGAAGCAGGUCGCAGCCUCAGAGUAUCUAUGUUGUUGGUGGGAGGAAUGACCUGGACUGUCAGCUGAGUAGCUGUGAGCGAUACGAUGCCGUCCAUAAUAGAUGGAUACCACAGGAGAGCAUGGAGAUCUCCAGAACGGCAGUAGGCGUGGCCACCCUAGACGGCCACCUCUACACCAUCGGCGGAGAAUGUGCCUUUAACGGUUCCCAUGACGAUGACACCAUGUACCUAGGUCAAGUUGAAUGUUACAAUCCUCUGCUGAAACGUUGGAACCCUGGAGCCUGUCUAGGAGUACCCAGGUCCUUUGUAUCAGUGGCCGGCCUGGGAGGUCUUCUGUAUGCACUAGGAGGUGAAGAUAAUAACAGCAGUCAUAAUGCAGUUGAGGUUUACGACCCUAGCAACGAUCUCUGGACGUUUGCACCCUCUAUGAAGCAGAGGAGAAGUGGGUGUGGCGUAGCAGUCUGCGAUGGAAAACUUUAUGUUGCAGGUGGUUAUGACAAGAGCUACCGAACAGAGAGGGCAAGCGUAGAGUGCUACGAUCCAGAGACACAGGAAUGGCACUUUGUAGCCGAGAUGGAGAAAGCUAGGUCAGGGUUAGCACUGGUUGCUAUGGAUCAUUAUAUCUACGCGGUCGGAGGUCGGUUACGACAUACCGACCAAUUCUUCAAUAUAGCUGAAAGAUACAACACCCAAACUCAGCAGUGGUCUUCCAUCCGGUCAAUGAUAACCCCUCGAGCCUGGCCAGCUGUUGCCAUCUACGACAACAAUAUAUAUGUCAUGGGCGGGUACGAUGGGACCAACCGGCUGCGUAGCGUCGAGGUGUACGAUCCCCAUCUUGAUUCCUGGUCGCGAGCAAGCAACAUGAAUGUGGCUCGGGCUGGAUGUGGAGCUGCGGUGGUAUGACCCAGUGGAACCGUUUCUUCGCUUUAUAGUCAGUAGGAGUCGAAGACUCUUUUACCUUGAAGGAAUGAAGAACCCUAACUGAUGUUGAAAGGAUCCUAAUGAUAUGGACUUUUGUAGGAGCUUAGCAUCUAAUGUGUCGUAGAACUUGAUGAAGCCUUGCAUCGACGGAAGACAAUAGGUCUGCUUGAGUAGUCUUGAUCAAGUAUACAGAGUAGAGUUAGCAUGUUCUUUUCAGAUAGUUCCUUGGAAAGGUUUGAAAGGUCAUAGAACUUGAAGGAAGGUGAAGCACAAUCUGGGGCCCGUUUCACAAAGCCUUUUUCCAAUGACAAAUGACAAACAUCAGUGAAAAAUCUGCUGAUAACCAAUCAGAAGCAAGGAUUUCAGUAGCUUAUAACAAAAACUGUCAAUUGUCACUGAUGACAAGUUUUGUGAAACUCCCCCCUGAUGUUGUGAGGAUCCUGAUCUUGUUGAAUAUUGUAACUUGGUCUGGACUUACAUCGAAACCAUGAGUCUAUUCGAUUAGUCUCUGCUAUGGAUGAGGACCCGGAACUACAGGUAGCAUGCAUUUUCAAAGAACGAAUGGAUUCACAUUUCCUGACAGGGUACAACAUACCCACAUCAGGAUUUUAGCACAGACUGUCCUGCUGGUUUAGGGCUCACAUAGGACUACUGAACAACCUGCAUUACAACCAAGACCCUUUUAUCAGGACCAGGAAUAAAUGUUUGGUCCAGUCCUUGGUUCUCAGGACUCAACAUGUAGCCAUCAGGAUUUGAAUAGGUCUCGUAACCCUUGACCAGAGGACCAAAGGCACCAUGACUAAUGACCAAAUGUUGCAAGACCUAGACUUGUUAUCGGUUCUACAAUGAUUUUUCUAGGUUUUUAGUAAUUUUUCUGUGAAGAAAAUACAUGAUGAAGUUUAUCUAUGUCUUUUAUUUUCAUAUUUUGAUAUGAUUCCUAGACAGGGACUAUUCAAUACAAUGUAUUGCUUAGGUAAUUGAUAAACUGCUUGAAUGCAUGCAGGCUAAAUGUAGGAGCUUAACAGAAUAGAGUUCAAUUUCCAUAUGCUGUAACAAAUGUAGCAAGUCUGUCCUCAUGACGAAUGCACCUGCUUCCUUUGCUAUUGCUUCAUUACAAUGGAAUUACACCUUUAAAUAAUGUACUUAAUGCAUGUAUACAGACUUAGCAUGAGAAUGUUUGAAAAUAUGUGACUGGUUCUAUAUCAGUUUUGGGAUAGACAGGUGGAAUGAGCAAUUAGCAGGAUUCAUUUGCCCCUCAGGGCUCACCCAGACCAUUUUGUUUUAUACUACCAAGUUUACGAACAAUUAGUCGGAAUGAAAUUUCGUGAACACCUCAAGUUUUAAAUCCCUUACAUUUCAAAAUCUGGCACAACAAUAAUUUCUAUGAGAACAAACUUAUUUAAUAUACCAUGUUGCUAUUUAUAUUACUAAAAUAUUGCAAUAGUUGCACCCUUUGGUAGGGUUUACUGUCUACAGAACAGGCAAGUUUUACUACCGGGGGGGGGGGGAAUAUCCCAAAGAUUUCCUUUUUACUACCCUUAAAGUGAAACCCAAUUUUUCUUUCAUCAAAUUGCAUACUAUUAAAAGGGUUUGUAGGCAUGAUCAAAUGUAUUUUAGUAUUUUUCUUGAAGUUUUUUUUUUGGGGGGGGGGCUUGCAUUUUAUACAAGCAGGAGCAAUGGAUGCAUUAUUUAUGAUCUGCUCCUUACGCAUUUUUGUUUCCUUUGUUGCACUUAAAACCUCUGAUUUUUAUCACCAUUGAUUGUUGUUGCAUGUCUUCCUGUUUAAGUGGAGCAUUUCCAUUUUUAUCUUAUUUUAUUGCUCAUAUGCGUCUUUGAUUUUGAGCAUGUCUGUGUAUGUCAAAGUAAAGUCUUUUAUUGUAUUGCAUAAUAUCAACAUGGUUGAUUUAAAGCAAAUUUGGGUCAGAGUCCAAACACUUAUUUUUAAUCAUAUUGAUUAGGUGUCUGAUAUCCAAUGUUCUCACAAUUUGGCUCCAGUACUUCAAAAGGAUUCAUGAUGAUGAUGAUAAUCCAAGAGUAGUACUAAAUAUAAGAAUCAAAAGUACCAUUUUUAUUGUAAUUGUAAGAUAGAAAAUAUAACCUUGCAUAGCCUUGCAGUGUGUGAUAGUUAUGUAAUCUUUGAGAAAUUUGAUCAUAUUGUUGCACGGCAUAACUUUCAGUAUUUGCAAAGCUUCAUGUUGAAACAAGUAAUUUUAGGUUGCUUUUUUGCCACAAAGUUGUGCUAUGCAUCAAGAAUGUUUACCCGUUUGUCAAGUACCCUAUGUAUUACAGAGCCUUACACUUUAAGUAUUAUAUUCAUAUCAUUUUCACAUUGUUUGUUGCACUUAUAACUGUUUUGUUUUUUUGUGUGUAAUAUGUGUAUAGAAAAUUAAAUUGAUAAAUUUACUCCCCUCUUCAUGUCAAUGUAAAUGAGUGAAAAUAAAUGAAAGCUAUAUUGUAACAUGGAAAAACUAAAGCCAAAAGCUUAAAUUUUUAAGUUUCCAGCAAUGUAGCAUCAUUUUCUCUUUUGUUAUUAUAAAAGAGUCGUUAGCAAUUCGUCGUGUCUAACAUCAUUAGUUUUCAUUUUAAUUAUUUUUAUGCCACUAUAUAAACAAAAAUUGUGUAUAAAUUUGCUAAACCAUUCUUUGUGCCUGCAAUGUUGUUUGCACUUAUUUUACUUUUUAAAAGCAAAAAUAUAAAGAUAAGUUCUUGCCUUGGAAGAAAAAUGUAUGAAUAUAUAUAUAU